AUGUAUUUAUCCUAUGAAGGUGGAAAAUUAACAUCUACAAUAAUAAAUUUAGAUAUUGAAGAACUUUCAUAUUGCUUAAGUUGUAUUUUAUUGAAUUACAUAGAAUAAGACCUAAAUAUAACCUUUAAAAACGAAAGCCGUUUAGAAUUCGAAAAAAGCCGAAACGAAAUCGAAAACAUACUCAAAGAAUCAUAUUUACAUAUAAAAUAAAGCCAAAUAAAUAAUCUAAAUUUAAAUAAUCUUAUAGAAGCUUAAAAAUAAUAAAAAGAAAUUUACGAAACAAUCAAUUAAGGAGAAUUAGAGGAAAAUAUAUGUACAUCUGAAAAUUAAGAAAAUACAUCAUUUUAAAAAGAAGAUAUAGAUGAUAAUAAUAUAUACUCAACAAAUCUCAAGUUUUCCACUAUAUCAAGAUACUCUAUUGUAAUUCCAAACAAUUAAUAAUAAAAUAGACUAUUAUUUGAUAAAACAUAUACUGAAAAUAACCCUGAUAAUGUUCUUUUAGUAAAGCCUUAAUAGUAAACAAUCUAAAACUACUGCAAGAACAUCAUCAUAUCCUGUAAAAUGGAAAGGGAAAUUCCUAUAAUAACCCUUAUUUAUAUAGAAAGACUAUUAUUAAAUAGUGGUUUUUCCCUAAACAAUUUAAACUGGAGAAAAAUUACAAUUACAGCAAUGAUUCUUGCGUCUAAAAUUUGGGAUGAUGAAUCUUUUGAAAACAAUAAUUUUUCGAAGGCUUUCCCUUAUUUUUCAGUUUAAUAAUUAAAUGAAAUGGAAAGAGUUUUUGUCAAUUUUAUUGAUUAUAGUUUAUAUAUAAAAGGAUAAGAAUAUGCUAAAUUUUACUUCAUUUUGAGAGGUUUUGCGAAAAAAAAUAAAAAAUCAUUCCAUAUGAGACCUUUAGAUAUCUAAACUAUAUUAAAUUUAUAAAAUAAUAGUAAUAAAGCGGAAUAUAGACUAAGGGAAAUUUACAAUAAUGCAUUAAAUAAAAGUUUUUGA